GUAGUACUCGGUUGCUCGCAGCUCGUGUCAGGUUGGUUUGUUACGUUAAGGCGCAGACUGAAAUAAAGUGCUCGCUACUAUCGAUUUUUUACAGAAAAAUUGAAAUUCACACAAAAAACGAAAAAAAAGCCAAAAGUCUUUGCAUAUUCAAAUUUACAAGCAAAAUAUAAGAAAAAGUGAGAAAAAAAUGUAUAUAUGCAUUAUUUAAAAGUUGCAAUAGUAAAAUAAACGCAGUGACUGUGUGUUAUCAAAAACAAAAAAAAAUAUGUAUUCCGAUUAACUGUUAUACCAACAGCUGAAAAUUUUUCACCAAUCUAUACUGUGUAUGUUGGCCUUUGCUAGCUGGCUGACUAGCUGACUGUGUGAUUUGCUAUAGCUGCGUUUGCCUCCGCGUGUGUGCGUGUGCUAGUGCGUGCCUUGGCCAUGCCCUGCACACAAAAUAACUGCUUCGCCCCUUCCGCAACACCUCAAUGUGCGCCUUUGGCUAUUUACUGCUAUUCUCGCUAUUUCUAACAUCAAUUUUGGUAUUUCUAAUAUUGACUGCGACAGCGACAAAGGAAUCGCUUUUGGAAAUUUUACAGUUCAAUAAUGUGCAACAACAACAACAACAAUCAUAGCAAAACUAAAUGCUAAAUAUAAUGAAAAAUAUAUAGAACGCCUAAAAGUGACCUGCGCAAAAUUGUUUCUAUUCAGUUUUUACGUAUAAUACUUGUUGUCUUCAGUUUGGCAAUUGCUCAGUGAAUACUGUUAGCUCGUGGAACGCACGACUGCUUUUAGCAACUGUUUUAACUACUACGAACAUACGAGUAAACGAAAAUUUCGAGCAUAAAUUAUUUUUAUUAAAAUAAAAUCUAUUAUUAAAGUAAAAGUGCUUAAAAAUAUGAAAUUUGCAAUAUCUACACUAUUGGAUUAAACUUGCAUGCUGUUUUGAAGCAGCAUACCGAAGCGGAAGAAAAAGUUUUAAAGCUUCUAGUGCGUUAUUAAGGCCUUUGGGCCUCUCUCAUCGCCAAAAUGUCAUCCGUUAAGGUGGCGGUUCGAGUGCGACCCUUUAAUUCGCGUGAAAUCGGUCGAGAAUCAAAAUGUAUAAUUCAAAUGAGCGGUGCAACCACUGCUAUCACAAAUCCCAAAGUACCACUAAACAGCAGCGAAGCCAUCAAAAGCUUCAAUUUCGAUUAUUCCUAUUGGUCACAUGAUCCACGGGAUCCCGAAUUCUCCACUCAAGAAAUGGUCUACAAGGACAUCGGCGAGGAGAUGUUGCAGCACUCCUUCGACGGCUACAAUGUAUGCAUAUUCGCCUACGGUCAAACCGGUGCCGGCAAAUCAUACACAAUGAUGGGCAAGCAGGAGGAGCAUCAGGAGGGCAUUAUACCGAUGAUUUGUAAGGAUCUCUUCAAUCGUAUACAUGACACGGAAACAAACGAACUCAAGUAUUCGGUUGAGGUUUCAUAUAUGGAAAUCUAUUGCGAACGUGUACGCGAUUUAUUAAAUCCGAAGAACAAAGGCAACUUGCGUGUACGUGAGCAUCCAUUGCUUGGUCCAUAUGUGGAGGAUUUAUCCAAGUUGGCCGUCACCGACUAUCAGGACAUACACGAUCUCAUCGAUGAGGGCAACAAAGCGCGCACUGUGGCCGCUACCAACAUGAAUGAGACCAGCUCUCGCUCACAUGCAGUUUUCACCAUAUUCUUUACUCAACGUCGUCACGACAAUAUGACCGAUCUGACCACCGAGAAGGUUUCGAAAAUUAGCUUGGUCGAUUUGGCUGGUUCCGAACGCGCGGACUCGACUGGCGCUAAAGGCACACGUCUAAAGGAGGGUGCUAACAUUAAUAAAUCUUUGACAACACUCGGCAAAGUUAUCUCGGCCUUGGCCGAAAUUUCUGCUUCUAAAAACAAGAAAUCAAAGAAAGCCGAUUUUAUACCAUACCGCGACUCCGUUUUAACCUGGCUGUUGCGCGAAAAUCUAGGUGGCAACUCUAAGACCGCUAUGAUUGCCGCCAUUUCCCCAGCAGAUAUUAAUUACGACGAAACAUUGAGCACAUUGCGUUAUGCCGAUCGCGCCAAACAGAUCGUUUGCAAGGCCAUCGUCAACGAGGACGCCAACGCCAAACUUAUACGUGAGCUCAAGGAGGAGAUACAGAAGUUGCGCGAUCUCUUGAAGGCCGAGGGCAUUGAAGUGCAAGAAGGGCCCGAUGGUAAAGUGGUUUGUGAGAAGCGCGACCCGAAUAAAGAUGAAAUGACCAAAUCGGGCAGCGGACCACUGAAGUCGCCAACAAAGGCACGCAAUCGCAAUGGUUCGACUACCGAAAUGGCAGUGGAUCAGCUGCAGGCCAGCGAGAAAUUGAUUGCAGAACUCAACGAGACUUGGGAGGAGAAGUUAAAACGUACCGAAGAGAUACGCUUGCAACGCGAAGCCGUUUUCGCUGAAAUGGGUGUAGCCGUCAAGGAGGAUGGCGAUACUGUUGGUGUAUUCUCACCAAAGAAAACACCACAUUUGGUCAAUCUAAAUGAAGAUCCCAACUUAUCUGAAUGUCUACUCUACUACAUUAAAGACGGCAUUACGCGCUUGGGUACACACGAGGCGAAUGUACCGCAAGAUAUACAAUUGUCGGGUUCGCAUAUUUUGAAAGAGCAUUGUACUUUCGAAAAUCGUAGCAGUACCGUUACACUCAUACCGCACAAAGAUGCUUUGGUCUAUUUGAAUGGUCGCAAAUUAGUCGAACCAGAGGUGUUGAAGACCGGUUCACGUGUUAUUCUGGGCAAAAAUCAUGUAUUUCGCUUCACCAAUCCCGAGCAGGCGCGUGAGCUGCGCGAUAAGAUUACUGAAAAUGCCGAGAACGAGAAUGAGACGGAGAAGUGCGACACACAGCAGGUGGACUGGAAUUUCGCACAAUGUGAAUUGUUGGAGAAGCAGGGCAUAGAUUUGAAGGCCGAAAUGCAGAAGCGCUUAGAUAAUUUGGAGGAACAGUACAAGCGUGAGAAGAUGCAGGCCGAUCAGCAAUUCGAGGAACAGCGUAAGAAUUAUGAAGCACGCAUUGAUGCGUUGCAAAAGCAAGUCGAGGAGCAAUCGAUGACCAUGUCGAUGUACAGCAGCUAUUCACCAGAAGAUUUCCACCAAGAAGAGGAUUUGUACACCAAUCCACUCUACGAAUCCUGCUGGUCUGCACGAGAGGCCGGCUUAGCUGCUUGGGCAUUCCGCAAAUGGCGUUACCACCAAUUCACCUCACUGCGUGACGAUCUUUGGGGCAAUGCUAUAUUCUUAAAGGAGGCAAAUGCCAUUUCCGUAGAAUUGAAAAAGAAGGUGCAAUUCCAAUUCACACUGCUCACCGACACGCUCUACUCACCACUACCACCUGAGCUGGCCUCAGCCGCUACGCCAUUGCAAAGCGAAGACGAAUUUGGCGCGCCACCAGUUUCGAAAACCAUUGUGGCUGUAGAGGUGACCGACACCAAAAACGGUGCCACACACUACUGGUCCUUGGAGAAAUUGCGCUAUCGUUUGGAGCUAAUGCGCCAAAUCUACAAUGUGGAGAGUCCACCAUCUUCUAUGCUUUACGACACAACCUCAUUGUGCGGUGAUAGCGCUAUGCUUACGGCUGAGACUCUGCAUUACGAUGGCAUAAUACCGUAUACCGCAACUACAGUUACUACGUAUAAGGGCGUAUACACUACAUCAAACGAUUCCGACAACACUCUCACAUACCCACAGUCCCAAUUACAAAUACAAAAUCACGCUAACACAACAUCAUCGUCGUUGCCGUCGUCGUCUUCGUCGUCGCUGUUGGUGCCUUUAAGCGAUAGCCUCGCGUCUGCGGUGCGCACAAGUCCGCAGAAAGUCGGUGCUGGCAGUUCACCGUCUCGUCUCUCAUUGGCUAACUUAAUGCCAUCUAGACAACGCUUGGAGCUAAUGCGCGAAAUGUAUCACAACGAGGCUGAACUUAGCCCCACUUCACCCGAUUACAAUGUGGAGAGUCUGACUGGCGGCGAUCCCUUCUAUGACCGAUUCCCUUGGUUCCGUAUGGUCGGACGUUCGUUCAUCUAUUUGAGUAAUCUGCUAUAUCCGGUGCCAUUGGUUCAUAAGGUGGCAAUUGUUAAUGAACGUGGCGAUGUGCGUGGCUACUUGCGCGUUGCGGUGCAACCAGUUUUGGAUGAGGAGUCAAUUGAUUUCAACAAUGGCGUUAAGCAAUCGGCGCGCUUAGUUUUCAACGAAGAUGAUGCCAAGCCAAAGUAUCGCGCUCUGAACGAGAAGGAUGAUGUGCAGCGUUAUAUCGAUAACGGUGGUUUGGAUAGCAAGCUUGAGGAACUUGAGGACGCUGAUUCGGGCCGUGGCAUUGAUUCAAACUCAGCCUCUGAGUGUCAGGAGGCCAAUGAAGAACCUGGCGAGCACUUGCAGGUCGGCAAAGAAUUCACAUUCCGUGUUACCGUACUGCAGGCUACUGGAAUUGGUGCUGAAUAUGCUGAUAUUUUCUGUCAGUUCAACUUCUUGCAUCGUCAUGAGGAGGCUUUCUCCACUGAACCGGUCAAGAACUCUGCAUCGGGUGCACCACUUGGCUUCUACCAUGUGCAAAAUAUAACUGUACCCGUUACCAAAUCGUUCAUUGAGUAUUUGAAGACACAACCGAUUAUGUUUAAGAUCUUCGGACAUUACCAAACACAUCCUUUACAUAAGGAUGCCAAGCAGGAAUUCGUGUCGCGACCACCACCGCGUCGCAUGCUUCCACCAAGCAUUCCCAUUAGCCAACCGGUGCGCAGUCCCAAGUUCGGACCACUACCAUGCCCAUCGACAUCGACAGUUUUGGCAAAGCAUGAUGUGUUGGUUUGGUUUGAGAUAUGCGAAUUGGCUCCGAACGGCGAAUAUGUGCCAUCGGUGGUUGAACAUAGCGACGAUCUUCCAUGCCGUGGUUUAUUCAUGCUCCAUCAGGGCAUACAACGCCGCAUACGUAUCACAAUCGUACACGAACCAACAGCUGAAGUGAAAUGGCGCGAUAUACGUGAGCUCGUCGUUGGACGUAUACGUAACACACCCGAAUCUUCAGAUGAUUUGGAUGAAGACUCGUGUGUUUUGUCGUUGGGCUUAUUCCCCGGUGAGACUUUGGACGUACCCGGUGAUGACCGUUCAUUCUAUCGUUUCGAAGCCGCUUGGGAUUCGAGCUUACAUAAUUCCACUUUGCUGAAUCGCGUUACACAAGCUGGCGAGACAAUUUACAUUACUUUGAGUGCUUAUUUGGAGCUCGAGAACUGCGCACGCCCUGCUAUUAUCACCAAAGACCUCAGCAUGGUCAUUUACGGACGCGAUGCACGUACCGGUCCACGUUCGUUGAAACAUCUCUUCUCCGGACAGUAUCGCAAUCCAGAAGCAAAUCGUUUGUCUGGCGUGUAUGAAUUGUCAUUGCGUAGAGCCUCUGAAGCAGGUAGUCCAGGUGUGCAACGACGUCAGCGUCGCGUUCUAGACACCAGCUCGACUUAUGUGCGCGGCGAGGAGAAUCUCUCCGGCUGGCGGCCACGCGGCGAUUCGCUCAUUUUCGAUCAUCAAUGGGAAUUGGAAAAGUUGACGCGCCUUGAGGAGGUGGGACGUGUACGUCAUUUGCUGUUGUUGCGCGAACGCCUCGGCAUGGAUACAAAUCCAAAUCCCACAACAAAGACAGAGAAGGAUGUUUGCAAUUUGGCAGCGCGUGCCGCCACCUCACCGGUACAUAUGGUCAUACCGCCAUCUCCACAGACGCCCGUCAAGGAUCCACAACAGAUUGUGCCCGAACGGGAGUACAAUCAAAGAGAGCAGGAGUUGAUGAUGAAGUGUUUGAAGCUGGUGCAGGGCACCUACAACAAAGCAACAGAUCCCACAGCAGAGACAGCCACACAGUCGGAUGUGUCGCCGAGUGAUGAGGGUUGCGCUGACAUGACCGUUAGCUGCAUCUCCAGCAACUCUAUUGAAACAACACCAAAAAUUAGACGAAGGUUAUGUUCACCUGAUCGCGCUGAUGCGCCCAAUGGUUGGGAGGCGCCAGCACCCGCUACACAACCGGCAUUACCGUUACGCUUGUAUGUACCCGAGCUGGAGGAGAUUAGGGUGAGCGCUGUGGUAGCGCGCAAGGGUGUGCUGAAUGUGUUGGAGCAUGGUGGUUCGGGCUGGAAGAAGCGUUGGGUGAUUGUGCGACGCCCUUAUGUUUUCAUCUACAAGUCCGAGAAGGAUCCAGUGGAGCGUGCAGUAUUGAACUUAGCGACAGCACAGGUGGAGUGCAGUGAGGAUCAGGCUGCGAUGGUUAAGAUACCCAACACAUUUAGUGUUGUCACUAAACAUCGUGGUUAUCUGCUGCAAACGUUGGGCGAUAAGGAGGUACACGAUUGGCUAUACGCCAUAAAUCCGCUACUGGCUGGACAGAUAAAGUCAAGACUGGCACGUCGCACAUUGGAGUCGGCAUCGCAAACCGCAUCACAAAUUCAAGCCACAACGGCGUCAAAUGCACAGACAAACAAUAAAUGAGAUACAAUUACGAUGGAAUCCGUAUUAGUGUUUUAAGGGCAGAGUGUUUCUGAACAGUAUAUGCAACAACAAAAACCAAAAACAAAAUGAAAUUACAACAACAAAGGAAUAAUUAUGUAUUAUUUAGCUAUAAAUAUUAAGAGAUAUACAUAUAUACACACACAUACACUACAUACAUGCAUACAUGCAUAUAAUUACUUAUAUGUAUGCAUAUGUACACACAUACAUACACACAUCCAUGCAUACAUGUAUGACAGGUUCAUAUAUUGUACAAAUGCAGGCGAGUAAUAAAUGUAACUAAUGAAUACAGGAAAGUUAGCUAAAAAACUAGUGAAAAGGAAAUUAGGCAGUUAUGAAAAAUACUAAGCGCCAACACACACACACACACAUGCGACAUAAAUAAUAAAUUAGUAAAAAUAUAAGUGCGCAGGUGGCGAAGCAAAACGCUGAGAAUUUAAGCAAAAUAUUGACAGAAACAUUUGGUCCAAGCUGCAGAGGAUUCCGUCGAGCGAAAGUCGUUGAGCAGUCGUUUACAAAUUAAUUUUCUCUACUUCUUUUCAAACAGGCUGGUACGCAGCUGUAGUAAACGAUAGAGAGAGAGAGAGAGAGAGCGAGUACGAGAGUGUGUGCGCGCUAACUAUGGCAAAAGUUUGUUUGUAUGCUAGUAGCGUGCGAUUUAGUUACUGUAUUUAUUGUAUUUGUAAAAUUCGGUAUAUUUUGUAGUGAAUUUUCGCAUUUUUUCAAAACAUAAAAAUGCAUAAAAAUAUAUCUUGUAU